AUGAAGAUCGCAAGACAAACUAUGAAGAAGCCUACAACCUUUACAAGCAGUCAAUUAGAUUCUUCAUGUAUCUUUAUAAAUGUAAAACCCUAUAUAGAUGAGCAAAAUCAUAUUCUCAAGGAGAGCUUUCGGGAAAAACUUGGCGAGUACAUGAAAAGAGCUGAAGAACUUGCCGAGUAUUUACAUGGAGAAGAAAUAUCAGGUAAUCAGCCAGAAGAAGACGAUUAA